AUGGUUUCCAAGAACGUUUUAGAGUUGGUCGAGGAGAAAUACGAUCAGGCUUUGAAAAAUGGUAAUUUGAUCUUCACUGAAACUAGUAUUGAUAAGUUAAAGGAUGGAGAAACUGGGAUGAAGUAUCAUGUUAGGUAUACCCCUAGUUUGAAUAAGAAGCCUGUGUCUGGUGAGGGUGAGAGCGAGGGGAAGAAGAAUCCUUUUGAAAACCCAGAAAAGGAGUUGAUUGUGUUGGAUGAUGUUAAUGGGGAUUCUAAAUUUCGUUUCUUGUUGAACAAAUAUCCAGUUGUUAAAAACCAUACUUUGUUGGUCACCAGUGAGUUUCAAAGUCAAAACUCUGCUUUGUCUCCUUCCGAAUUGAUCACUGCCUAUAGAUUGAUUAAUAGAAUGGAUGAUGAAGAUGAAGGUAGAAGAAAUAUGAUGUUUUACAAUUCAGGUUCUUUAAGUGGUUCUUCCCAAGAUCACAAGCAUUUGCAAUUCAUUCCUUUGCCAAGCAAUUUCAUCACUUUACAAGAUUCUCUGUGUUCAGGUAAAAGUCAUUAUUUGCCAACCUCAAGAGAGGAACCAUUACAAAAUGAAAAAGUUUCUUUUGCUCAUUUCACAGUACCUUUACCAGAAUCAUCUGAUGAUGUCGAUGAAGAUUUGUUAGCUAUGUGUUACUUCUCUUUGUUGCAGAGAUCAUUCACUUUUUUCCAAGAUUGGGCUGCUGAAAAACCAGAAUUACAAGGUAAUACUAGUUAUAACCUUUUAAUGACUAAAAGAUGGAUGUGUAUCGUCCCUCGUUCAAGCACUACUUCAAAAUCUUUGUCUUUGAAUUUCAACGCUACUGCGUACGCUGGUUUGAUCUUAGUCAAGGAUCAAGAAGUCCUAGAUAAAAUUAAAGGGGAUGCUCACAUCUUAGAUACUGCUCUAUUGGAAUGUGGAUUCCCUUCCACUGCUGGUCAAAAAACCAACGAAUACGACUAUUAG